AUGACUCGAAAAGUUCGUAUUAUCACUUCAAUUUUCAUUAUCACUUCAAUUUUCUUCUUCGCUACUCAGUAUCAUCUUUACCAUUAUAAUUUUAUCUCCGCCAUUAACGAUGAACCGAAAAUCACCAUUACUAUCUCUUCGAAAAAUAUCGAAAAUUUUGCAGUUCAUGAAAAUAUCUCUUCACCUGUAUCUCCGAUGAAUUCACUAUUACCCGAUUCAAUUUCAUCUGUAUCGAUUCUAAUGCCGGAUUGGGAAGUAUUCGUUAUUGUCUCGCCCGAUUAUACUCAUCUAAUUUCUCCUCACGAUCCUUAUAUUUGUGAAUUUGAAACAGAGGAAGUUUCGCCGGCGAGCUUCAAUUUCCGGUCCGGUCUUUGUUCAAGUGUGAGCUACCGAAGAGAGCUCGCCGGAGAUUGCCUGGUUGUACCUUCUGUAGCGUAUUACACUAGACCAAGGAAAUUGGAAAGUAACGAGAAGUCAGAGAAAGCUCGUAUUUGUGCAUGUACCAUGGUGUAUAAUGUUGGUAAGUUCUUAAAAGAAUGGGUAUUACAUCAUUCGAAAAUUGGUGUUGAAAAAUUCGUAUUAUACUACAAUGCUAGCGAUGAUGAUUUAAACAAUGUUGUCGAUGAACUUGUUCGAGAUGGAUAUGAUGUUAAAACUUAUUCUUGGAUAUGGCCUAAAACUCAAGAAGCUGGUUUUUCUCAUAGUGCAAUUUAUGCUAAGGAUUCUUGUUCUUGGAUGAUGUACAUUGAUGUGGAUGAAUUUGUGUAUUCACCUCUAUGGUCUAAAUUAUCGCGUCCAUUGAAAUCUCUAUUACCUUUUCUGUUACCAAAUCUCAAGAAUGUACAAGAUUCGUCACUUGAUAAGAGACAAAAAUUACCAUCUCGUGUUAUGAAUUUGGACCAUCAAAUAAGAAGUCUCAUCCUAUAA